GGAUUGCUCCUGGGGGAGGUCUUUCCGUUGCUCUGACGCUCGCCGAGAGUGGCGUGGAAGAGGAGAGGAGAGGAGAGAGGAGGAAACGAAGCACCCCUUCUCCCUCUCUCUUCCCAUCCCAACCCACCGCCUCCUGGAUGGUGAGGCCCGAGGUGAGGGCUCUGGAGCGUCGCGAUGGGCUGUGGGGGUCCAGGGAGGCGCUCCAUGGCGACGAUGAAGGGAUGAAGACCACCGAGAGGUGUCUCCGGAGGAGUCGGGGGAGGAAGCACCCUUGAGGCGCCUUGGCUUUCGCCUCAGCCUUGAGGGAGGAACAGGAGGAGGAGGAGGAGGAGGAGGAGGAGGAGGAGGAGAAGCAGGCGCGCGGUCCAAGGCGGAGGAGGAGUGGGCGUCUGCCAGCCUUGGCGGAGGAGCCCUUCCUUCCUUCCUUCUUUCCGCCCGGAGUUGCCUGAGAGAAGGAAUCGCGGGAAGAGCGUUGCCCCUGCGCUGGGGGUCUCCGUGCCCUGCCUCUUCCCACUUAGGAGGAUUCCUCCCGCGUCCCCACCCCUUUGGAAGGAGGAUGCCAGCCCCCGAGGCGGAGUGAGAGCCCUGGCCUUGCCUCGCGGUCUCUGAGGAGGAGGAAGAGGAGGAGGAGGAGGAGGCGAGGCGAGGCUCCAGCCCUGAGGGCGCGCAGAGGGAUCCUUCGGCUGGAGGGCGACUGAGAAGGAAGGAGAGAGAGAGAGAGAGAGAGAGAGAGAGAAGGAAGGAAACAGGUGCCUCCUGCUUGGGGUGUCCCUCUUGGAGCCAUGGAAGCGAGGAGGAGGCCCCUGUGAAGCCCCCGUGAAGCUGCGGGCGAGGGUCGCCCGGCUCUUGUGGCUUGCUGCCGUCCCCUUGCUGGCCAUGCAGCCAGACCCAUGCUGCUAGGGGCGUCCUGGCUGUGCUCCUCCAAGGCGGCCGCCGCCGAGAAGCGGGCCGCGGAGGAGAGGCGGCGGCGGCGGGCGGCUUCGGCUCCCGGGGCCGCCUCGGCCAUGGACGAGUCCUCCUUGCUGGACCUGCUGGAGUGCUCGGUGUGCCUGGAGCGGCUGGACACCACGGCCAAGGUGCUGCCCUGCCAGCACACCUUCUGCCGCCGCUGCCUCGAGAGCAUCGUCAGCUCCCGGCACGAGCUGCGCUGCCCCGAGUGCCGCAUCCUGGUCGGCUGCGGCGUGGACGAGCUGCCCGCCAACAUCCUCCUCGUCCGGCUCCUGGACGGCAUCCGGCAGCGGCCCCGCGGAGGGGGAGGCGGGGGAGGCGGAGGGGCGGGCAACGGCAACGGGGCAGCCCCGCCGGGAAGCCCCUCGCCCCGCGGAAGCAGCAGCAGCAGCAGCAGCCACGCAGGCCCCGCGGGCCCCGCAGCAGCAGCAUCGGGAGGAGGAGGAGGGAGCGGCGCGGCCCCUGCCGCCAACCCCGGCGGAUCCCCGAGUGUGGCCUUGGCCGCCGCCUCCGCCGCCGCCAGCCUCAGGGAACUGGCCGCCCUCAGCCGCAGCAGCGCCCACCUCAAGAACCCCUCUCAGCUUCCUUAUGGAAAAGCUCUCUAUGCUUAUGAAGGGAAAGAGCCAGGUGAUUUGAAGUUUAACAAAGGAGAUAUUAUUAUACUGCGGCGAAAAGUAGAUGAUAAUUGGUAUCAUGGAGAACUCAAUGGAAAUCAUGGCUUUUUCCCAGCAAGUUAUAUCCAGUGUAUCAAGCCCCUUCCACCAGCUCCACCUCAAGGCAAAGCACUUUAUGACUUUGAAAUAAAGGACAAGGAUCAAGACAAGGACUGUUUGACCUUCACAAAGGAUGAAAUUUUGACUGUCAUCAGGAGAGUAGAUGAUAAUUGGGCAGAAGGAAUGCUGGGAGAUAAAAUUGGAAUAUUCCCUAUUCUUUAUGUGGAGCUCAACGAAUCAGCUAAACAACUUAUUGAGACGGACAAGACCAAUCUAGCUGCUGGCAGCGAUGUCCCCUUGCCAGCAGACACUAACCUGGCAAUAAACACGGUCCAGUGCUGUACCCUGAACAAUGCUGGAGCAGUCAGUGCCAUUCAGCGGCACGUUGACGGCAAGAAGAAUGCCAAGAAGCGCCACUCUUUCACGGCCCUGAGCAUGACACACAAAUCUUCCCAGGCCAUGAAUAACAGGCAUUCCAUGGAGAUUAGUGCCCCUGUCCUGAUCAGCUCAAGUGACCCCCGUGCAGCUGCCAGAAUUGGAGAUGUGACUCAUCUCUCAUCCAGUGCUCCAGUCCAGGAUUCUGCCUUAGCUGGAUCUGCAACCAUGGCUGGACCCAGAAUGAGUGCAAUCACUGGGGAUCAGGGAACACCACCAAAGGUCCAGCUACCUCUCAAUAUCUACUUGGCGUUGUAUGCAUACAAACCCCAGAAGACUGAUGAAUUGGAACUGCGUAAGGGUGAAAUGUAUCGUGUUAUUGAGAAGUGUCAGGAUGGCUGGUUCAAAGGGACAUCUUUGAGAAAUGGCUCUUCUGGUGUCUUUCCAGGCAAUUACGUUACUCCUGUUUCCAGGGUUCCUGCAGGCGCUGGUCAGUCCAGGAAUUUAUCAGGAGGCUCUCCAACAGCCAAAGGCUCUUCAGGAGUUGUUCACCCAGGAAGCCCGGCUCUUACAAACUGUGUGACCGUUGUCAGGCCAGCCGUUCCAAUCACUUCCCCUCCCAUGCAGCCCCAAGGAUCACCAGCCUCUCCACAGAUGAAUAACUGCGCUCGGUAUUCCCCACAGCAAGCAGUCAUCCAAUCCCGCAAUUCUGCUCAAAUGGUAGUGCACCCUUCAGUGCAAGCACAGGACCGGCCUACAGCUACUGUCUCACCAUUGAGAACACAAAAUUCCCCAUCACGCCUCCCAACAACCGUAGUCAGGCCACACUCUGUAGUAUCUCCUCAACACAUCCACCACUCCCCUGUUCAUGUCAUCCCUGGAGCCAGGCCCAUAAUUCCUCUCACAUCAGCAGCAGCAGCCAUCACUCCUCCCAAUGUCACUGCAGUCAAUCUGAAUGGAGAAGUAGGAAAUGGCCCCAUCAGUAGCCUGGUCACUUGCAGUCCAACCAACACAGCCUGCAAAGCAGAAGAGAGAAAAAACGAAAAGAAAGAAAAGAAAAGCGGACUGCUAAAACUUCUAGCAGGAGCAUCAACAAAAAAGAAAUCACGUUCCCCUCCAUCAAUGUCGCCAACACACGACCCUUUGGCCAUGGUGGAAGGCAUGCUACAGGGUGCUAUUGGACCAGAACUGUCUUCUCUCUCUAGCCAUGGAAGGGCCGGCUCAUGCCCAAUUGAAAGCGAAAUGCAAGGAGCGAUGGAGAUGGAACCUCUGCACAGAAAGACAGGCUCCUUGGAUUUGAAUUUUUCUAUUCCUUCUCCCAUAAGGCAGCUGCCACCCUCCAUGGCUGCCAUCCGUCCAGAACCUAAGCCAUUGUUUCGGGAAAGGUAUCGUGUUGUGGUUCCCUAUCCCCCACAAAGCGAAGCUGAGAUUGAACUGAAAGAAGGCGACAUUGUUUUUGUCCACAAGAAGAGGGAAGAUGGUUGGUACAAAGGGACAUUGCAGAGGAAUGGUAGGUCAGGCCUCUUUCCUGGAAGCUUUGUGGAGAGCUUCUAAAGGCCUUCCAUUUGGGACCUUGAGAGACCUUUCAGAAGGAAUUCCAUAGCACAAAACAAAGCCAACAGCAAAGGGAAACUUCUCUGAAUUUCCACUGCCAUAAUAAGAACUGUAAUUAUUAUUUCCAAAGACUCUCUGGGCUCUUUGAUAUUCAGCCCUGGAGACAAGGUCUCUUGCUGUGCUUUCAAACCCACAUACAGUACAUACAGCAGUAUGUUGGAGCAGUGCCUUCUACUUGGAAUCUAAGACUAAGAGGAUGCACGUUCGGGUUGUUAUCUAAACUGAAAUCCAGCCGCUAUACUUUGUGUAAAUGAUAGAGAAAAUAUGUUUUUAAAAGAAUUACAAAAACUCA